AUUUAUUUAGUCUUACACCGGCAUCAAACCCGACAACAUCAAAAAUAUCUUGUUAAGUGUUCAAUUUUUUGGCUUCCAAUUAUCCAUCAUGUGUUGCGGACCUUGCUGUGGAACCUGCUACUACCCAUGCUGCAGCCCUUGCUUCAGUGGUCGAUGUUUUGGACCUAGGUGUGGGUUCUAUAGUGGACCCUGUGGACCUUGCUGUGGCGGUGGCUGCUGCAGUAGCUGUGGACCCUCCUGUUAAGACGUUUCAGAAAAUUGAAAUUUAGACAAGGGCACGAUGCUUGGACACUUAAAAACAGCUGCAAACUAUGUAAUGUCGGGGCCUAUUAUACUUGAAGACAAGAUCAAGUACUAAUAAAGGUGCAAGACAAGCUA